AUGGAAAACCCGCCCCAGUCGCUUAUCGUCGACCGCGUAGAUACCUGCACACCGACGAGCAUAACGCAGGAACUCGGUCGGAGCGACGCUGAUCUCCGACACGAAGGAAUACACAGCUGGAACGUGGAACCCAACCACUGUGACUUCAAGUCGCAAGUAUCCGAUAAUGAAGGCAGUACAGCGGAUGUCGCGUUUGGUAGAAAACCGACCAGGUUCCUAGAAACUAGUGCUAUUUUUGACACACCCUUAGGAGAUAAGGAACGAUAUGGUGCUGGUUGUGCAGCAUUAUCGCUAGUUCACGCACCGAACGCGUCUCCAGGGCGCGCUCGCAUCGAUGACAAAGCGACGGGUACGUGCCCUGCUAAUGAGAAACUGUUGCGCGUGUUUACCCGAUCAACAGAAGCAACCGGAGUCGAACGUGUCGGUGAUUUACAGCACAUGGGGACACGGGCAGAGGCAAUGAACUUUGACAAAGCAAAGUCUGCAAUGAGGACUGGUUUCUCAACGGGUCACGGUCAGCAGCUGCGAGUCGCAUCGAGCGCUUCUCUCGCCCGAGUCGCGCGACUCUUUCAUGAAGAUCCCGCUCCAGGUGGCGCAGACAAGGAUGCCCGAGCUGCAUCACAUCGAGCUACAGCCGCUGCAACUGGUUUCUCAACGGGUCACGGUCAGCAGCUGCAAGUCGCAUCGAGCGCUUCUCUCGCCCGAGUCGCGCGACUCUUUCAUGAAGAUCCCGCUCCAGGUGGCGCAGACAAGGAUGCCCGAGCUGCAUCACAUCGAGCUACAGCCGCUGCAACUGGUUUCUCAACGGGUCACGGUCAGCAGCUGCAAGUCGCAUCGAGCGCUUCUCUCGCCCGAGUCGCGCGACUCUUUAGCGAGGAGGCAGAGAAUCGUCCACCAGUCGCUUGUGAUGCAUCGCCGUUUUCGGAGAUCAAAUCCAUAGAGGAUUGUCACAUACGGCAAGAGUUUGCAAAUUCGCGAGCUUUUCCAUGCGAGUUCCGCAACCAAGACGCUUCAUCUAUGUCUAUUGAUUGUGGAAUGAAUGAGCCACAAGUAGCGCAUAUGGGCCCGAGCUCGUGCGUCAAUGCAUACGCAGCUCCCAGCAAGCGAUGCAUCUGGCCCGCUUCAAAUAGUAAUCUUCCACGAAAAAGGCCGCCGUGCUCCAUGGACAAUUCGAAACGGGCGGGAAACAUCAACGAUCAAGACAAUGGAAUAUCCGUUUGUCACGCUCGACCACCGUUUGCAGACGUGACUUCGGUAGAAGCGCCUGCAAGACCGCUCAGUUCGCGGGCCCGACGCUUCACGCCACCGUCAAAGGCUGAGGCACCAAUGACAAGCAUCCAUCGAAGCAAGACAAGUACCGAUGCUCAUGGAGCAGGGGAUGCACCAGAGAUCCAGUCACUGCCUGUCUGCCCUGAACAUGACCCAAAGGCUGGUGCACAUGCUGCCUUCCGCGGCGAUGCGGCACGCCGCACGGGAUACUGGUCGCCAGCUUUGGUUCCAAAGUGUUUUCCGCGCCCUCCAUGUGAUAUCGACCUGGAACAUCCUUCCGUGCAUGCGAUUCGUGCGGCGUUUGCGCCCUGGGAAAGCAUACGUUUCCGGUUCAAGUGCUCUCGCAACGAUGCGGAUGCCCUGAUCACGAAACUCGAGUCGCUGCAUGCGACUGGGCGCGACGACACUGCCACUGAGCGCCUUGUUACAAAACUGCGUGCCCAAGGUGCAGUCCUAGAUGCGUGGGAUUUCUUCUGUUUCUUCUGCGUUGACGAUACCGUUCAAGAAAACCCAAAGCCGGAUCCAACGGACACCUUUUGGCUGGUGUCUCAGCAAGAUUUCGAGCCGACUGUUAAUGCCUCCCAGGUUGUCAAUCGAGUAGGUUCCCUUGCUUGGUUUCGUCGUUACUGGUGCUUGAUUAUUUACGAGAUGAGUCUCAUAGAGCUCGCUGUGCCGCAAGCACUAUUCGGUCGCGUCUUAACCGUAUGGCAAGUGCUGUAUCAACUCAUCGGGCGCUUCUGGCGUUGCCAUCGUCGCAUGGAACAGCAACGCUCUAGUUCCAUGUUUGAAGCGAUUGCUCGAGCUCCAGACGCUUUUAGUUAUCUGCCCCCGAUGAGACUCCUCCUCGUUCCAGGCUACGAUUGCGAAACGAGCAUCGAGACUGAGCAUGUAUGCUUAUUGCUUUGCGACGGGCAUUACUUGGUUUUUGCGAAAGGUACCCAGCCCGUUGAAGCGUGGCUGCAUCACCUGCGCGUAUUCGCAGCAACGGAGCGAGCGUUACAAUAUCGACCGCAGAUUGGCUACAGAUCGGUUUCUGCACCUCAUCGCCUAUGGACCAGGGCAGGUUGUCUUUACAUCGGUGCGGCUCGGGUAGAGUGCAGCGCUGCGGCACCGCACCAUGCCAGCAGGCGCUCCAUCCGUACAGCGGCUGCACAGAUCGAGCGAAUCUCUUUAACCCUGUCCCUGAACAGCGUCCAUCCAGCGCCACUGUUCCAGAAGCAGCGCUGGUCGAUGAAACGUAUCGGCGAUUCCGUUCAUCAGGCAAUAGGUCGUGUGCAAUCCGCAUUGAUGGCGGUGACCCUGCCACAGACCGAUCCCUUGGGCGGCACCGUUCCCGCCCUGGACGUCGUCCUGCACCGAGUCCAUCCACUAAGGUUCGUCGCGGAAACGCUACACCACCACCAACAACAACGACAGUUGGACAAAAAUGGGGCCUAUGUUUCACCCCGUCAGCCGGGAACUCUCCCCGGAAAGCCAAGAUACCUUCUGAGCGCAACCUACACCGCACAGAUCGUCGCAGAUGCUGAACACGGGCAACUCCAUGCCUGCCCUGUACCCAUAUUUUCGUGGAGCCCAGAUGCGGCGCCUCGUACGCCUGGCGCCUGGUCUGCGUGCGGGCACCCUGAGCAUCUCGAAAGCGAUGCGUGCACGGAUGCGGUGCACGCAUCAGGACACGUAGACAAAUUCCCGCCAAAAAUAGGCUCCUUGUUAACGCUUGGCGUGGCGGACCCGCUGGGCAAACAUUUAGCCAAGGUAGAGGUUUGGGAUUGUCCACUGGACCUAGCACAGCUCCUGCGAACCAAAUACGAGGGCUCGCUCGUGCGUCUCUGUUGUGUCGUGCCGGUAUCUGCACAGCCCGGGGUGUGGCGGCUACUAGGCUCCGCCAAAUUCGGUGUGAAUAUCGUUCCACUCGAGACUGACGGCAAGUUGGGUGCUCGUGUGUUCACGCGUCGCGUAUAUGUCCACUGGCCUCGGCAACGCAUCCGGGUAUCGGGGCUGGAAACGCUAACCCCGUUCGAUACGUUUGACGCAGCACCUGGCUUGCGCCUGCUGUACGUGGGUGCGCUGCGCGGCGGCGAUAUACGCCAGGCGCAGCGGUACGCAUACGCUGCCGACGACCCGGACGGACCGCUCCUUGUCAUCAGGCUGCGCUACGAGGACGCAGUGCAUCCACCUCGUUGUCUGGCACUAGAUUCGCGGUCAUCGAAUGGCACCGAUGCACGCAUUAGCCCGGUGUAUCCGCUCAUUCACUUUGAACAUUGCCAGUAUCGAUGCUACGAGAGCGCACUGGAUGCGCAUGUCGUCGACGCGACGCCCUACACCACUUGGCACGCCAGUCCAGAGAACGAUGCAGACGCCUGCGCUGCAUGCGUUGCAUUUGAGGAUAUCGCCUGUAUAGCGAGCCGCAUAGCACACGGGCAGGCGUUGGGUCAUUUGCUCCGACGGUGCCGGGAGCGACGGCGGGCACGCGUCAAAGCCUGGAUCUCGAAGGGGGCAUUCUUUCGCUCGAACGUAUCUGAGCCCGGCUGA